AUGGAUUCAAAUAGCACUAUCAUCAUGCUCUCAAAUCUUACAAUAACAAUUGAUACUUAUGUAGGCCUUUUCAUUUAUGUUACUGGUAUUCUUGGUAGUAUCGGUAAUAUAAUCGUCUAUAGGUCGAAAUCAAUGCGUUCUCGAGCUUGUUCGGUUUAUUUAUUAUGGGAAUCGAUUAUUGAUUUUCUGUAUCUUAAUAUUAUAGUCUUAACAGGUAUAUUAAUGAAAGAUUUUCGUAUUCCCAUUACGACACGUCAUGAAAUUUUGUGCAAAAUUCGUGCAUUUUGCUCAACAUAUGGCAAUCAACUUGCAGUCACUUUCUUAUCAUUGGCAACAAUUGAUCGAAUUCUAUUAUCACAACGAUCACAGAGUAAGUGUGAGAAUAUUCAGUAUUAUCAUUGUUCGAUGAUAUGUUUUAUGUUGAACAUAUGGUCUUUUUUAUUUCCCACUUUUUUAUUGAUAACACAUACGAUGAGGAUUGUGAGAUGCUAGGAUAAAAUAUAUUUGCUCAAAGAUAAAUUAGAAGAUAUUUUCUUUCUUUCUCAUGUAGUAAUUUUUGUUGUGAUCUAGAACGAGAACAAUGUUUUUUAUAGACACCUGUUGUAUCAUAGAACAGUUGUUUACAGAGAUUGAUCUGUUCCAUGUUCCAAUGGAAACUUCGGAAAUGUUGCAAGGAGUAUGAAUGAAUGAGAAAUAAGUUUUCAUAUGAUUAUUUACUAAGUGUGAAGUACAUAGUACAUGUGAAUAAGCAUAGUCUCCUAUGCCGUUGAAUCAAUUGGAGUUGAUUCAACUGUAAUACAAUUUUGGAUAAUUGUUUAAAACUAAGAAAUAGUUUUGAAAGGCACUCUAAUGAGUAAUAGAAUCUAUACUUUUGUACACUUUUGUUUUGGAUAAGGCCAUCCAUCCAGCGUACCUUAUGAUAAUGAAAGUUUUCUAGAUAUCUUUCGCUGCAGCUCUUUACAUUCUUAGUUCAUUAGGAAGCAUUUCAAAAUAUAUUCCGGCCGUUCGGUCACUCAUCAUUCUCUUUUCCAUUUUUCCUUCCCUGUCCUUGCGUACCCUUAUUCAGUAUUGUCUCCUUCCAUCACUUCUCAAUUGAUUUAUGUUUUCGUUCUUUCGUGUAGGGAUGAACUUUGUUCCAUUCGCUUUCUUCAAAGCUAAUUGGGUACUCUAUCUAUUAAUCUCUAAAUGAUGUUGUCUAAUGAAGCUGCGCAUUGCACAGCAGUCUCAGAAAAGUAAUGAUGCGCAGUGUUCACACAUAUUCUAAAUAGAAAAUAUUUCAACUUUCAUGCACAAGAAAAAAUCUUACAUUUUGUAAUACCAUGAGUCUUUUUUCGAAUGCAUUUGUUUAUCGCGACUAUAUAUUAAACGCCGAUCCUUUUCUUUAUGAUGUUUCCAUACCUUAAAAGUUGUCUUCCGUAUUUUUCUUCAAAAAAAUUUCUAUUAGUUUGGAGCAACUAUUUUACUAAGGCCUAAGUGAUAUCAUUGAAUACUGAAAAACCAUAAGGUUUGACUUGCUGACCGUUGCAUUUGCUUUCGGUCGACGAGAUCCCAUGUAAUUAGCGUAAAGGUAUAGAAAAUAAACUUGGCAUGUAAAAAAUUAUGCUGCUUAUCACCAGCUAAGUUUAGAUGCAAAGAAUUAUAAGAUACUAUUGAUCAUUGAUUUUCUGAUUUUGUUGUGCGAUUCAUAACUUGCUUAGUGAAUAGCACAUGGGGAUAGUGAUUAAUUAGUUCUGUAUUAGCCAUAGAGAAAAACGAAAGAACGAAUAAAUGAAAAAGAAGAAAAACGAAAUGAGAAGUGAUGGAAGCAGGGAACGAACAAGGGAAUGACGAGUGAUCGACCGAUUGGAAUACAUUUUGUAGUGCUCUCUUAAAAAAACUAGUCGUAAUUGUUCUCAAUGGCAACAACAUCCGAGAAAAGAUGCUUCAAUUAUUGUCAAUAUUAAAUGAAUGAAAACAAAACUCUUGUUAACUAUCUGAAAUUGUCCUCAUUUCAUUGGUCGAAAUAUUUGAAUAAUUUUUUCUUCAAACAAUCAUUCACAUCAUCAGGGAUUGGCAAUUGAAUGAAUGUUGUUCUUUCUUUACAGAAUAUCGACAAUGGGGUAAUCGAAUUCGUCUGGCAAAACUGGUAGUAGCAGUAUCUUUUCUGAUCUGGUUUAUGAUUCUCUGGCAUCGACUCAUCUGGUAUAAGAUAACAAAUGGAGCAUGUGUAGCUCAGGCAGGCACCUAUGCUUCCUUUAGUGCCUAUUGUGACGCAACCAUGACAUCUCUUAUACCAACGAUCGUUCUCAUUGUACUUGCCAUUCUAAUCGGACAAAAUGUACGUCAUAUCGUUCAACGACAGGUGGCACCUACGGCUAAUAUCAAUGAAACGAAUCAAAAUAAUCAAACGGUCAUUUCUAAAAUAAAUUCACAGCUGACUAUCAUGCUUUUUCUGCAAACAUUUGUGGCAUUGAUCUCUUUUUUACCAUAUUCAUCACGCGAAUUAUACUCUAUUAUAACUGCUACCCGGUCAAAAUCAGCCUUGCAAGUUGCUUGGGAAGCUUUAAUAUCAAAUAUUACUCGCCUUCUAACAAACUUAUUUUUUAGCUGCCCAUUUUAUGUUUCAAUUAUUUCAUUUAGUAGCUUUCGUCAGCAAUUUCUGCGUUCAAUUGGACUUAUAAAGGAAAACAAUAAUAUUGCGUUGGAUACUAUACAAAGUAUAGUUGGAAGAAAUACUCUUGCUAAUACGAAUGGUGGCAUUUACUAACUCUCUAUUCAGAAAAUGAAAUUGAUGAACAUAAAUAUGAUCAUUAAAAACACUGUAUAUAGAAGAAAAUAAGGGUCACUCAUGACUUUUUAUUCUAUGAAUUAUUGUAUUCAAAUCUUUCAAAUAAAAAUAAAAACUGAACAAUUAAAAGUUCCAUUAAUGAAUAAAUAAGUUAUUACCAUGGAUGAGCGAUAUUUCAAAUCAUACCCUCACAUACUCUACGCACAUAGAGAAGCCAGAAACUUGAGUGUGGGUGUGGGUGUCUGGACGAAGACAAGAUCAACACCCACACCCUCGAGAGAUAGAUAGAUAGAUAGCCAAUACUGGUACACCAGUUUAGGCGAUGAACAAACCGAAGUUAAAAAUAUAAAAAACUGAAAAUUUACAGGGACAAAAGGACAAAACAAAAACAUAAAACA